AUGUCGUCAGAAACCGAUCUUCGCCAUGCCAUCUCUAUGAGACCGCACCCCUUCCACACGCACCCGCACGCCAACAUCUCACGAUCGGAAAGCCCCGCAGCGUCACAUCCUCAGUCCCGGCACGACCCGAUCGUACCUGAAGCUCAGCCGCCACUAGUCCACAAUAAAAGCGCGGCCUCGAAGUUUGGUCACAGCACUGCUUUCGAGGCGGUCACCCCAGAUGACGACAACGGCGUCGACCCAAUCGCCCGUCAUGUACGCGAGAGCAGAGACGACGAUGCCGGCACGCUGCAGGGGCGGGAGGACGGCGAUCUGGAAAGACAGACACCGCCAAGGUACAGCGUGGAGGCUGAUCCGUACAAUCUUGCCAAAGGACUGAAGACGGAGGAUGAGAUCGCAGCUAUAAAGGCGAAUACCUCGCGAAAAAGAGCGACCGCAGGCAGGUCGUCCGGCAUCCAUCUGCCUCUGUAUAGUUCAGGCAAAGACGCCUUGCAUGCACGCAAAGUUGGCAGCUUUUACGAGAACCAGAAUGAGAACAUUGAGCGACUCCUUAAGCCCGUUGACGAUCACCGUCGCGAGGCCAAGGAGCUCGAGGGUGAUACCCAGCUCAAGUACAGGCUCGCAGUCGUCGGCUCCUUCGCGGCAAACAUAUGUCUCGCCAUCCUGCAGAUAUAUGGUGCUACGUCUUCAGGAUCUCUUGCUCUGUUCACUACCAUGGCUGAUGCCAUCUUCGAUCCGGCAAGCAAUAUCUGCCUCAUUUUGUGCAACCGUGCCGUAAAGCGCGUAGAUGCGCGCAAGUAUCCAAGUGGCAAGGCCCGAAUUGAAACAGCGGGCAACAUUGCCUUCUGCUUCCUCAUGACGGCCGUAUCACUUAUCAUCAUUGUCCAAUCCAUCGUCGAGAUCUCCCAGGGAAGCAAUGACUGGAAUGGAACACGCGGCUUCCAUCUUCCAGCUGUCAUUGCUGUUGCCAUCGCCUUCGUGACGAAACUGAUGCUUUUCCUGUAUUGCUACGCGCUGCGGAACAUCUACAGCCAGAUCAGGAUUCUGUGGGAGGACCACCGGAAUGACCUCCUUAUCAACGGCAUUGGUCUUGGCUUCUCAUUAAUGGGCUCUUUCGUCCGCUGGUGGAUCGAUCCUAUGGGCGCCAUCAUUCUUUCGCUCAUCAUCAUCACCCUUUGGCUCCGCACCGCACGCUCGGAGUUCAUGCUCUUGAUCGGCGUAUCCGCGGAUACUUCGACGCUCCAGCUCAUCACCUAUGUCGCGAUGACGCACUCUCCAGCCAUCUCGGCAAUCGACACAGUGCGAGCCUACCACUCGGGUCCACGGCUCAUUGUCGAAGUGGACAUUGUCAUGGAUCCUGAAGACUCCCUGCGAAACACUCACGAUGUCGCAGAAGAGCUUCAGACCAAAUUGGAGAACCUUCCCCACGUUGAGCGUGCGUACGUGCAUGUAGAUUAUGAGACGAGCCACAAGCCGGAGCACUACCUCAAGAAGGAGUUGUGA